GUGUUAUUUGAUGUGUGGCAACCUUCAAGGGACGCCAUUUCAAAACAAAUGCGCGGCAGCGAACUAUUUUCACUGAUAAAUUGAGUGCCGAGCGAAAGAAAUACAAAAUAUUCAGAGAGCAUGGGAGCCAAGGCAUCAAAAAUUGAGGGCGAAUACUUGCCAGAUACGCCAACAUUGAAUAAACUUCGUCUAGCCAGUUUCAAAGCCGAAAAUGUUGAAAUGACAACGCCAAAUAAAGAAAACAACGCAUUGCUCGACCCACGCUCGCCCAAUGGCUGCCGCACGCCUCUAAAUUUCCUACAGUCACAGCCGCAGGCACAGACUUUGCGGGCAGCGGACCACCCCUCGGCUCCGACCGAAAAUGCCUUUUCGCAGCUGCGCAAGCGUCUGCUGAGGGGAUUCUCGCUGAACGAUCCCCGUUCGCCACAGUUGAAUCGCACACCGCUCAUACUAGAUGAAGUGCGAUCCCUGAACCUAGAUGACACAUUUGCAGAUCUCUUUGUGGAUACACGUGCUCCGGCCCGACGAAUAGCCGAGACGCCAGCAGCAAACAUCAUCGAGUCGCCAUAUCAGAGUCUAUCAUCGCCGUCUGCCGAAACGGGUGAUGUUUCCUGCGACAGCUUUGGCACGCCCCCGACACACCACAACAACAGCUCGCUGGAAAUCGUCUCCCUGCCGUAUGAUGAAGAAGAGACGAUGCCCUGCACGGCGGAGCUGCCAGCGACGCCUGCAGCAGUGCAGGGGCACUACGAUCCACGUUCGCCUAGCAUUGGAGUCGAGCGCACGCCGAUCAUCUUCUGCGACGACGAAGAGGAAGAGGCACGCGAGACAGAGAUGCUGGAACAGAUCUUGGAAACCCUCACUCUCAAUCUCAGUGCGGAGAGCAGCAUGGCCUCGUUUGCCAGCGCCGGAACGGACACGAAUCUGGAGGAGCCGCCAAAGCCACACAGCUCGGACAAGCAGCCGGCGAACAAGCAUCUAGACCGAGUGCGUCUGGGCAAUAAGCGACGUGUGGCUCCCCGUAAGCCGGCACGCGCCUCCAAGACCAAGAUCUACAUGGACAAAGAGUCGUCGCCCUCCGUUGCAAGUACACCGAAGACCACACCAAAUGCCACACCGAAGCGUACACCACUGAGCUGUGUCAAGAAUCGGGCUCAUUUGCGCUCUCGCUCCGUGGAAAGGGAGCUGCGCAAGUCGCAAUUGCCGCUGCAUAGCUUCGAUGAUCAGCUGAAUCCCACAGAGUAUCGUUUCAAUGGGUCCAUUGGCACCAUGUACUAAUCCUAUUUAGUAGUUCCAGCCUGCCUUAUGCCCAGCCAUGAGCUGCCAAAUCAUUAUAUCUUUUAUUCACACAUAUCCAACCCAUACUCAUUUCAUUUUUAAAUAAAACAUUUUAUUUCUGUGCUUUUAAA